AGAGAGAGAGAGAGAGAGAGAGAGAAGAGAGAGAAAGGAGGGGGGCAAACAUCAGGUCAACGCCUUCUCCAGAUAUGACGUCAUCUUCCACGUCAGACUCCAGCUCCUCUCUCUGGCAUAAGUACUCCCACUCUUCGACUUCAGUCUCUUCACUUUCCCCCUUCCAACACUUCCCAUAUCCCCCACCCCCCGCCCCCCUCCCAAAAGACUCACGCGCCAUGUACACUCCCCCCAACACCGUAUUCUCACGCGCCGCCGAUUUUUCCGGCCUUUCCACAUCCCAGGAGCUCACACUCCCAUUAGCUCUCCCUUCGGCGCCGUUUCUGCCACCCAACUUGCUCCUUCCCGACCACCUCUCCGCCUCCGAGCUCGACUGUGUCCCCGACGCUCUGCGAACGUUGAACUCGGAGGUGGGGAACAGUAGUAGCUGUAGCGGGUGCAGCAGCUACGGCUCUCCGAAUUCCCUCGCGAGUCAGGGGCCGAGUUUCAUCCAGAGAAGCGUGAGCAGCCACUCACUCCUAAAGAACGGGUUUCGGCAACUCGUUUCGCCGACCCGCGAGUUUUUGGACUCCGACGAGAGUCCUGUCCGGAGGGUAUUCAGCACCGGGGAUUUGCAGAGAAUUAAAAUGGUGCAGCGCUGUCAUCGAUCAGAGAGCCCCUUGUCCAAUGAAAAUAGUAUCAUCAUCGAGAGUAUGAGCAAAGCGUCCAAAUACAGCCCUGAGGAGAAAAAGGAGAGGAUCGAGAGAUACAGGAGCAAGAGGAACCAAAGAAAUUUCAACAAAAAGAUUAAGUAUGCUUGUAGGAAGACAUUGGCGGACAGCCGGCCGCGCAUCAGAGGUCGGUUUGCAAGGAACGAUGAAAUCGAGAAGAGUUCUCAAGUUCAAUGGAGCCAUAUGGGCGGGGAAGAAGAGGAGGAAGACGACGAGGAUUGGAUCAACUUCAUUUCAACAUUCUCAGCAAAUAUGGGAACUUAAUAUAUAUAUAUAUUUGCAUAUGUGGCUCCUUAAGUGAUUAAGAGAGUUCUUAUAAGUUGGACCUAAUUAUAGUGUCCUAGUGUGGCUAUCUAUGUUCUCUUGAUUUAGUGCUUUCAAGUGUGCUAGCUUCAGGUCAAAAAUUGAUGUAAAUAUGGUAGUUUGAUUAGAUUAUUGUUGUUUAUGUUGUUAUCAUCGUCAUCGUCGUCAUCUAAUGUGGAUCUUCGGCUGCCCUGAAAUAUUUAGAAAUCGGGCAGUUCUGAAACUUCUGAAAAUUGUAGCCACUGAUCAUCUAAAUGGAAUCAAGUUUGUAAA